CGGACGCUGAACAUGGGCGGCUGCCACCAGCAAUACAAUUUAGCUUCAAGCUGCAUUGGAUUCAGUGGAUUUGGAAGAGGAGCCGAAGCACAGCUGAUUCACUUUUGAGGGGAGUGCGAGGGAAGCCCAAUGUACGCCCUUUCUGUGCGUUCGCCUGGUGCUUUGGCAAGAAAGGUCUCUGUCCUUAGUACGCCCCAAACCACUUUUCGAACGUCGAGUUGGAGCAGAAAGCAGCUUGGCCGUUCACCUUCAAUCAAACCUGUAGUAGGGACGGAGACGUUCCGUGCUUCGCACAAUCAGAUCUCAGCUCCAAUUAGCUGUUUGCAUAGGAUCCUGCGAGGUGGUGGUGACGACAAUCUGUAUCAGCAUUGCGCAGCCCUUGGUCCACCACUAAAUAGGGCCCCAAUAAGCUACUCAAACUUGAAAACAGAGAAGGAAAGGCGGGUGUUCUUGGGCGCACGGAUGACUUCGGCCGCUGCAUCAGUUGCCACUGAGGACUUUGUCCAGGGCGAAGUGCUUGAUGGAGGCCUUGCCGUGAUCACCUUGGCGCGGCCGAAGGCGCUGAAUGCAAUGAACCUAGAUAUGGACCGCACAUACACACACCUCCUGGACUCUUGGCAGAAGGACAGCUCAAUCAAGGCAGUUCUCAUUCAAGGAAGCACCCCGCGAGCCUUUUGCUCAGGCGCCGACGUAAAAUGGUUUGCAACGGCAAUAAGGGACGACCCUGCAACCAGCGUUGUUGAAGAGGUGUUCAAUCAGGAAUACCCCCUAGUGGUGCGCAUUGCCAGGUACCCGAAGCCAUACAUAUCGAUCAUGGACGGUAUUACCAUGGGCUUUGGCCUGGGUCUCUCAGGGCAUGGCAAAUACCGGGUUAUUACAGAGCGAACGGUUGUUGCAAUGCCUGAGAAUGGCAUCGGCCUUUUUCCCGACGUCGGCUUUGCACACCUGGUGGGCCGCGCCCCACGGGGACUGGGCACCUACAUGGCGCUCACGGGAGCGCGGCUCAAAACCCCCGCCGACAUCUUCUACGCUGGGCUGGCGUCCCACUUUGUGCCAUCCGAGAAGCUGCCGGAGCUCAAAGCAGACCUGCAAUCCGCUGUAAGAGACUCAAGCGGCGACGCGCAUGCUGCCGUUGAAGCCGUGUUGGAGAGAUUUGCAUCGCCCCCCGGAGAAGAGCCCAGCCUAAAACAUGCACAGCCUUUCAUUGAGCGGGUCUUUGGCGCGGGGCACCCCGUUACUCAGAUUCAAGACGAAGUAGAGCGAGCCGAGAGCUCGGGCGACAGCAAAGAGGCGGAGUGGGCGGCGGAAGCGCUCGCGGGGUUGCGGCGAGGAGGUCCCGUCAGUCUUGCGGUCACGCAAAAGCAUUUCGACGCAGUUGCAGCGGACGCGGCGCGCGGAACCGGCGAGCUGAGCACGAUUGAGGGCGUCAUGCGCGUGGAGUACCGCCUGGCUUUGCGAACGUCACGGCGGCCCGACUUUGUCGAGGGCGUGCGCGCGGUGCUUAUCGACAAGGACCAGAAACCUCGGUGGCAGCCCUCGACGCUAGACGCUGUGAAAGCCGAAGACGUUGACAAAUGCUUCGCUCCGUUUGAUAGCGCGCAAGACGAGCUACAUGUCUGAUGAAGGCUCGUAGUCUGUGUAAAUAGGACGAUGCUAUCAUAUUGUGCGAGCGUGCUCGAAGCAUAAUCAUAUGCAUUUAUAUGCUGUAUAGAUGUAUUUCAAAGCUUUCCACUCUCACAGAAGUGAGUCUACGUAACACGGAGAUUACUGUGAUUCCUGAACAUCUUGGUUAAAAGCUCUGUCCGGCAC